UUCCUUUCGUUCGGACAACCAUCUUCCAAGCUUCUCAGACUCCUUACUUAUUACACACCACACAUAUUUUGUUUUCCGGUCUGUCGCGGUGACUUCCGCAAAUUGAUUGGCUUUUGUUGUGUAGUGACUGAAAGGGCUUGCGUUCGUGCACGAGCACCUCAAACAGCUCUCGGUUUGGAAAAAGGGAGUGUCGGCGCAUAAAGCAAGAACAUCCAUCCACAUAAAGAGGUUCAUGCGUGACGUUGGCAUUCAAGCUUGUUUUUGAUAUCCCUGAAUUCUUGCCUCAGUAGCAGUUACAAGCUCAUACUCAAAAUGAGUUGUGCAGAGCAAGGUUAUGCCGGGAAGUUUCUGGAGAGGUUUUUGGAGGAAUUUCCAAACAUGCUUGGGAUGGAGGACCCGCUUCCAGUCAGUCCACUCAGCCGCAAAGUGUCUUUCCAGGAGGUGAAGGGAGAGAGUCUGGAUCUCGGCCUCCGACUUCUUACAGCCAGGAAUGCCCCAUUCUGGCUUGCUGCCAUGAUGUGCAAUGCUGCUGUUACGGAAUUGCUUAAAGAUGACCUUUCACCUCACUACUGCCCCCAAGAUCCUGAACAGCAACAAGAGGAUGAUCAGGAAGUAGUUUUGUUGCAGUCUGAGCCAUUGCAGCGUCUCUUUAUAAAUAAAUUGAGAGAGGUGGGUGCGACCUGGCAAAAACGGCUGCCUAUUCCUAAGCCUUCAUCUUCACGGACACACAGCUGUUCUGUUGAUGCCAUUCGCAACACUCGAAGGAAGAUGGAAGAUCGUCAUGUAAUCCUGAAAGAGUUUAACCAUCUUCUGGGACUGCAGGAUGGUGUGGAGCGCGAGUAUUACGCUGUGUUUGAUGGGCAUGGAGGGGUGGAUGCUGCCAUAUACGCUGCUACUCACCUCCAUGUCAUACUGAGCCAGCAGGAGGUGCUAAAAAGUGAUGUGACAACAGCCUUCAAAAACACCUUCACACAAACAGAUGACAUGUUCAAGGUCAAAGCCAAGAGAGAGCGUCUCCGCAGCGGCAGCACUGGUGUGGCAGUCUUGCUGACCUUGGAUUGCCUGACUGUCGCCUGGCUGGGUGACUCUCAAGCUAUGCUGGUCAGACAAGGAGAACCAGUGACACUAAUGGACCCACACAAACCUGAGAGAGAGGAUGAGAAGAAAAGGAUUGAAGAUCUAGGUGGAUGCAUUGCUUUCAUGGGUUGCUGGCGUGUAAAUGGCACAUAUGCAGUUUCCAGGGCAAUAGGUGACUUUGAUCAAAAGCCAUAUGUCUCUAAUGAAGCUGAUAGCUCAUCAGUACAGCUGAACGGUGAUGAAGAUUACAUCCUCCUAGCCUGUGAUGGCUUCUUUGACGUGGUUCAGCUUUGGGAGGUCCCGGGUCUGGUCCUGGAAGCUCUAAGAGAGGCCAGUGGCUCGGGGGAAGAAGUGGCUCAGAGUCUGGUGGCCCAUGCAAAGGCUGCUGGUUCCAGUGAUAACAUCACUGUUCUUGUGGUGUUUCUAAAGGAACCACAGCAACUUUUGACCCACGAGACGAGUUCUGGAACAGAGGGAGGAGCCACUGGAGAAGCAGCAGAGAUAUGAAAGGGUUAAUAGGAAGACAUUUUCCAUGAAUGAAGCAGGUGACCAAUAUGAGCUAAAGGUGUUUGCACCAUCUGCAGCUUCCAGCGGUUGAGAAAAGGCUCUUGGGUAUGAUAUUUUUUAAAGAGUUGUUGAAUUGGACUUGUGUUUAACGUGUGAGGUCAUCCAAAAAUGUUAUGAAACAAGUCCAUUCAUGCAUUUAGAAGAAAGUGUUGAACACCAGUGAAUGGUGUUUGCUUUUUUUUUUUUUUUUUCCUCCCCCAAGAAUGUCUAAGUCUUGGUCAUUUAUUAACUCUCUUCGUAGUUAAGUCUUAACUUGCCUUCUUUUUUAAAUGAGACAUUUCCAUCUACUAACUACUUGCCUUGUUUGUAAAAGGUUAUCUAAUUUACUGGUGCUUAAAGGGAUAGUUUGCCCAACAUUCUGUCAUCAGUUACCCUCAUAUUGUUCUAAAUCUGUAUGACUGACUUACUUAGAUGGAACAUGAAAGGAGAUGUUAGGCAAAUGUUAGUCUCAGUCACCAUUUAUUUUCUAAAAGUCAUGCGUUUGGAACGACAUGAGUAAAUUAUGACAGAAUUUUCAUUUAUGGGUGAAUUAUUCCUUUCAAGGAAUGUUCCAGGUUCAGUACAAUUUAAGGUCAGUAGCAUUUGUGACAAAGUUGAUAACCACAAAAAUAAUUCUGAUUUAUCAUUUAUUGAAAAAAGCAAAAAUCACGGUUGCAUUAAGGCACUUACAAUGGAAGUGAAUGGGGCCAGUCCAUAAACACUUUUUACAUUUUUUUUUUAUUAUGUUCUUUGAGGUUAGCUUAUAAUGUUGUCAAAGUUUUUUGCACAAAAAACGGUAAAAUAUUUAUAAAACAGGAUAAUUUUCCAUCCUCAUUCUGACCCUCUGUCAGAAACGCUCCGUUUUAGGCUGCUUCUCCUUUAAAACAUAUAAUUAAAAGCCUACUGUUCUGAUUAGCUAACGUUAUUGCAUCGGAAAAAUAGUAUCCACGCCCCCCCUUCGUGUAUAUUACUACAGCUUAAUAUAUUUAAUUUCACUCUGUUUUCUUCACACAUAAUACAAUUAUUCAACUCAAACAAAUAUUCUUUAUCCGUUUAUGUAUUCAUAAUUGCAGGCUGGCACUUCCGCAUCUUUCAAUAAAAGAAACUUUGAAAACCCUGCAGCAUAUUGUGAGUGAUUCACAAAAGAGUCCGCUGGAAAAUGUGUUGAACAAACAAGUAAUUGUGCAUUGUAGCAAUCAGGCACUUCGUUAAAAAUAAACUUUUAAAGCCAUUUAUUCCUAAUGCUGGGAUCCCUCGGUGCAGUUUGUCCACAUCCAGACACACAACGAUAUCUGAUACUCGACAUCCUCACCUGGCAGCAGUAACUUGAGCUGUUCUCCUUAACAGUAAACACACGACGAUGACGCAUGUUGUGGGCCGUGUACAUGUAAAUGAGCAAUGUCUCGUGACGUACAUGAACACGGGUUUCAAAACGAGACAUUUCAGCAGGGUGGUAACUAUAAAUGCUCUCUUUAGACUGGGGAGGACAUUUUAAGUUCUGAAACUUACAGUAUAUUUUUAUAGUACAGUUACCUCGUCUAAAUAUCGAGGAAUAUUUGAUUCUCCAUUUUAUGACCUAUUUAAAACAUACAGUUUUAAAAGUAUAGCCACAAGACAUAAACAUAAGUGUUAACAUGAUUUUAGUGUCAUAAAAUCAGGUAUUCACUUGCAUUUGGGCGUUUACAGAUUACUGGGUUUACUGGUGUUACGUUGUCAUGACAGUGUAGUUGUAAUAUUGAAUGUUACUUUACACAGAUAAGAUAAGGUUUAAAAGCAAUUUUAUUGACACGUACAAUAUUUGCAUCUUGUGGCUAUACUUUUAUUUUUAAGUUUAUGGACUGGCCCCAUUCACUACUGCCAUUAUAAAUGCAUCACUGGAACCGUAAUUUUUGCCUUUUAUUUUUUUUUAAUUUGGAAUGCCCAAUGCGCUCUAAGCCCUCACGAUGGUGUAUUGACUCGCCUCAAUCCGGGUGGCGGAGGACGAAUCUCAGUUGCCUCCACGUCUGAGACUAUCAAUCCACGCAUCUUAUCACGUGGCUUGUUAAGCGCGUUACCACGGAGACAUAGCGUGUGUGGAGGCUUCACGCUAUUCUCCACGGCAUCCACGCACAACUCACUAUGAGCGAACCACAUUAUAGCGGCCAUGAGGACGUUACCCCAUGUGACUACCCUCCCUAGCAACUGGGCCAAUUUGGUUGCUUAGGAGACCUGGCUGGAGUCACUCAGCACCCCUGGAUUCGAACUCGUGACUCCAGGGGUGGUAGUUAGCAUCUUUACUCACUGAGCUACCUAAAUUUGUGCUUUUUUCAAAGGAAAUCAAAGGACGAGUCCAGUAGUGGCUCGUGACCACAGAUAUAGGUGACAUAGGUUUUUUUUAUUAUUCAGCUCGUUAUUCAAACACAAACGUGCUGACACAAUAUGUGGUGUCCUUGCAUUAUUCCACCACAAGGUGGCACCCUAAGAACAUAAUGUUGAUUCUAAUACUCUAUAUAAGAGCACUUUAUCUUAAAAUGUUCAAAUGUUGCAGAUCAAAAUCUAAAUCAAAGUGUUAUUUUAUAAUGUUGUGUUGUUAAGGAACACCAUGAUGGAGAGGGAGAGAAACAGUACUAUCUACAUGCUAUUUACACAUUUCCACAAAAAACAAAAUGCUUUAUAAUGAAAAUGCUGUUUUAAAUCACAGUAAAUUUAAAACAAGGUUUUUGACACAAUUUGUCAAUAUACAAAACAUACUAUGCAUACAAUGUCUUAUCACCUACCCUUAUCUUUUGAUUGCCAAACUAAUUUUUUUUAUUUUAUUUUUUUUUUAUGUCUGGCUCUUCAGGACCAAGUUGUUUGAUGGUCAGUUUGUCUUGAAUUUGCAAUAUUUACAUUUAUGCAUUUAGCAGAUGCUUUUAUCCAAAGCGACUUACAGUGCACUUAUUACAGGGACAGUCCCCCCGGAGCAACCUAGAGUUAAGUGUCUUGCUCAAGGACACAAUGGUGGUGGCUGUGGGAAUCGAACCAGCAACCUUCUGAUUACCAGUUAUGUGCUUUAGUCCACUACGCCACACACCACUCACAAUAUAAAUGACACACUGCUACACAUGUCAAUCGAUAGUGCUCGCCAUGUUUGCGAUCUGUCACACUGCUGGCGCACACAUACUAAAAUUACCUUUGGUUUGGCACUACGUUUAUGGGCAGAUUUAUUGCAGUACCAUAUUUGACCACAGAUUUCCAUUAGGGAAAACUGAGGGGUGCUGUGGAGUUCGGGAGAGCAGCAGACUUUCUACCCCACAUGCUUGAAUAUCUAUAUCAAACACUGUGUAACGGAGCUUUCAGCUAUUUUACGACUUAAAAAUAACUUGUACUAGGCCUGCUUUUAAAUACAUAUGUCAGUAUUUUGAACACAUUUACGGGCAAAACAUUUUUACAUUAUUGGCAGUUUAUAGUAUGGAUCUAUUAUUUUCAAGUGGAUGAAUAUUUAGGCGGGGCUCUGCCCUACCUGCCCAUAUAGAUGAGCCGUGCCUGGACGAGUCAACCUUUUUUUUUUUUUUUUUUUUUUUUUUUUUUUUGAUAAUCAGCAUUAUUCUGUUGAUUGAGUUUAACUUUUAUUGAACCUGGAACAUAGCUUUAAUAUGUCAUGAAGAAUGUAAAACCUUUGAGAUGUGUGUAAAUGAAAAGCGAUCAUUAUUCCAAGAGUCAUUUUGGUAGUUGUGCUUCCCUUUUUGAUAUGACUGUUACAGGGGAGUUAAAACAGGUGUUAGUAAUCUGAACAGACAUAGCAUUGCAUUGUAUUUUGAACCACACUGGCUUCACAAUGAAAUGUCCUUUAAUUGAAAUAACUGUUUGCUCAAGCCUUUAGCUCUGUCAGCAGUUGUACUAAUCCAGUGUUGUAGGUGAUUAGGAUUUUAAAGACUGUUAUUUAUUUUUAAAAAUGUAUUUAUGACUGAGCUAUGUAAACAAGCUCUUUAAUGUGUCAAACGUGUAUGUAGGAGUCUAAAUUUGCCAAGAUCUGCUCUCUUUGCGGUGUGCUUAAUGUAAGUUUUUAAAAAGCGGUUUUUUUGUUUGUGUGUGUGUGUGUGUACAAUAACCCCUUAUUUGUGCAUAUUAUUUCCUUAUUCAUUGUUACAGUGCCUUUUUUAAAUAUCAGUGUUAAUAAUGGCUUGCACAUGUAGGGGUAUUAUAUUAUCAACGCCUGACUCGCUGCCUAGCAAACCACUCCUCCUGCAUACUGCAAGUGUUCUCACGUUACAGCUGCUCAAUAUUUUGAAAGCCUCAUGAUGAGUAGCUGAUAUAGUAGCACAGUCACGAUAAUGUGAUAAGGCCAAGAAUAAAGCUAACCUAAUGGAUACCUAAUGAGAAUGGUGAAGACAGAGCGAUGACAUGUUGAUUUGCUGAUUAUAUGGGAAAAUUGUCUUUAGUUUGUCCCUUUUUUGGUUGUAUGUUUUUAAUGUUUCAAUUUUUUAUGCAGUUUUUAGCAACACUUUACAAUAAGGUUCCAUUUGUUAACAUUAGUUAAUAACAUUAGUUAAUACUUUUACAGCAUUUAUUAAUCUUGUUUAAUGUUAAUUUCAACAUAUAGUAAUACAUUUUUAAAAUCAAAAGUUGAAUAUGUUAACUUUAGUUAAUGCACUAUGAAGUAACAUGAACUUACAAUGAACAAUUGUAUUUUUAUUAACUAAUAUUAACAAAGAUUAAUAAAUGCUGUAAAAAAAAAAAUAUUGUUCAUUGUUAAUUCAUGAUACCUAAUGCAUUAACUAAUGUUAACGAAAGGAACCUUAUUGGAAGGAGUGAACAUGGACAGAAUCACAAAUUAUUAUUCGAUCAGUGUCCUAGAAAUAGUGCAGAAUCUUAAAUAUUUUUAAUUUAUUUUACAUCAUAACAUUUCGGUAUGGGUUGGCAAUGCAAAUUCUCUACAUUUAUAAAGUGUUUUGUCAUGUUAAUGCCUGUAUAUCUAUGCACAACAUCUGCGCUUAUUGUUUAUUAGAAAGUGAGACGUGCCAAUGAUGGUAAAGCAUUGUGACAUCACAAUGGUUUGAUGAUAGAUUUUUCCUCAACAACAAAUGAUGAACCCCUUGUAAAUGCAUAAUGCAUUAUUUUAACUUACCGUAUGUAGUGCCAAAUGAAAUUGUCAUUCAUCUAUUCAAAAUGUAUGUUUUGCUGUUGAUUGCGUCUUCUACUAUGUGUUUUGUAUUUAAUAAUACUACAUUAUUGGAUUUAAAAGAGUUCAAGCACUGAACUACAAGUGUUUUUCCAGAUCAAAGAAAAGAUACCGAAAUCUUGAAUGAAUGCUUUAGUAGGUUGUGUGCGUUUUUGUCAGGAACUUUUGGCCUGGACAUUUUGUAAUUGUUGAUGUUUGUAUUACUAAGGAGUGAACAUAAAUAUAAUGGGAACACAUGGCGGAUGUGUUACAGCUCUCACAGUACAUGAUAAAGUGCCUUAUCUUUGUGUGCUUUGAUAAAAUCUGCUUUAAAUCAUUUUUGCAAGGCAACUUAACUGAUGCAAGGGAGCUGACCUAUUUGGACCUAUUAGUUACCUAAUGCUGCAUAUCAUUUACCUCUACUACUGAUGUUGUGUACCAGUAAUGUUUUAAGUUUUAUACUGGAUAACAUAAUACCAUUUCCACACUGAGUGGAACUGUAUCUUGACUAGUGUUCUUGCAUAUUGUAAUGCUACUGUCUGUGACUUUUUUUAUGACUUAAAACAUAAAAGCAGCAAAUGUGAAAAUUUUCUUCUUCUGCGAUUCUAUGAAGCACUUAACAUGCCUCUUUUUGUGGAUUUGGAACCAGUGAUAAAAAUAUUGCAAUUUAAUCAGACAUAAUGUGAAUAAAGAACCUUUCACUUCU